AUGCGUCUGCUACAGCACUUACCGAACGGCAGCUUCAAGCUAGUGUCCUUCGCCGACGAUGCUGUGCCCCCGUAUGCGAUCCUGUCGCACACUUGGAUUGACGGUGAAGAAGUCAUGUACAAUGAGCUGGUGGCCGGUAUACGCAUGGACAAAGCCGGCUACGAGAAGAUCGGCUUCUGUGCAGAAAGAGCUGCUCUGGAUGUCCUGGAGUACUUCUGGGUGGACACCUACUGCAUCGACAAGUCGGACGGGCAGGAGCUUAGUACAGCCAUUAACUCCAUGUUCCGCUGGUACCAGCGCGCGAACAGGUGCUACGUAUACCUGUCAGAUGUUUCUGUGCCGGACAACGUCGUUGAUGCCCAGGCAUUCCCGAUAACAUGGCUGGAUGCGAUCCGACGGAGUCGAUGGUUCAGGCGUGGCUGGACUUUGCAAGAGCUUCUUGCGCCGGCCACGGUUGAGUUCUUCUCUAAGGAGCGUAAGUAUUUGGGUAGUAAGAUGACCCUGGAGCAGGAAAUCCAUCAGAUCACCCAGAUUCCCAACGGAGCACUGCGUGGACAGAGCCUUGCAAAUUUUGGUAUUGAGCAACGGAUAAAUUGGGCGACCACUCGCACGACGAAACGGAAGGAAGACAAGGUCUAUUGCUUGCUUGGGGUCUUCGAGGUGUUUCUACCUCUUAUCUAUGGCGAAGGGGGAAGCAAACGCCACUCGGCGGCUCCAAGAGGAAAUUAA